CUUCCAUUCUCUUCUCGAUACCCCCAACCAUGACGAUGCUCCGAUCUCGCGAAAUACCAUCGGUCUCCGGAAAGCCACGCUCUAAAGGACACUCCUCCGACACCAUCCAGCCGUCCUCUCCCGCUCCGAAACAAGGGCCAGCCACUUCCACCACUCCCCGGAGGCGAAGUCCUCGCCUUGAAUCACUGUAUGAGAAAGAGGUUAGCAUCCCAGUUUCUAGGGAGAUAAAAUCAAAUGUUGGUGAAAGAGUCUUGAGUUUACGGUCUGGUAAGAAAGUUGCUAAAUUCAGCGGGAGUGGCUCCAGAGAGUUGGAUGUAGAAGUCGAAUCAGAGGGAAAGAAGGUUUGCUUAUCUGAUGAUGAUGAUUCCAUUGAAAGAAGUGGGAGUAAACGCAAGAGGGUUUUGGUUGAAGACACUAAUGUAGCGAGUAAGGAAUUGGAUAAUAGUAGAGUUAUUGUCGAUGAAGAAAAGGGAAAGACAGUGGUGGCUCAUGUUUCAGUAGAUCAGACUAGGGACAAAGGAAAGGGCAUAGUGGAAGAUUUAGGCCAAGCCAAUGAUUUGGAGAGUAGAAGAAAGUAUACAAGGGAGGAGAAGGGUAAGGGUAUUCAGGUGGAGGAUACCACAAGCGUUGUUGUCCAAGAAAUGGAGAUGGAAAUGGAAAUGGAAAUGGAAAUGGAAAUGGACAACUCCAUGAACAUUGAGAACCCACCUGUAACAGACUCAUCAGUUAAUGCAACAAAUACACAGAUUCAAAAUGGAAAUGGUUCAAGAAGUCAGCACUUUCGUGACUUUGCAGAGAAAAACGCUUCAAGGUUUGCUCGUUUCGAUGUUGAAACGGACGACGAAGAAGAUGAAUUGUCAUCAGAUCUAGAGGUUGAACAACAAGUGGAGGAUUGGCCUGGCCCUUUCUCCACCGCCAUGAAAAUCAUCAAGGACCGAGAAGAAGACAGCACCACGAUUCUGCAUAGUGGUGUUCCUUUCUCCUCCCACUUAGAAAGAUCUUCUCCAAUUGUUUGGGCUCCCAGAAGAAGAAGCGACACUACUUUCUCUCCUCCCAGGGCGGCUCCAUCUCUGCAAGAACUAUCAAUGCAAGUUCUUGUCAAGAACGCUGAUGCCAUCACUUCUCUUGACUAUGUUCCAGACCCACUGAGGGUUAAGCUUUGUCAGUUGCUUUGUGAUUCCAGAAGGAUGAACUUACAUUUUCUCCAUCUUCUUGUCCGUGGUUCUCCAACUGCUAUCUGUGUUCCCGAUUGCUCGUGGCUCACCGAGGAACACUUCACUGAAUGUUUUAACAACUGUGACACCACCAACUUGAUGGUUCUUCAACUCGACCAGUGUGGGCGUUGUAUGCCAGAUUAUGUACUACCCUCUACUUUAGCAAGGUCACCAAAAAACUUACCGAUGCUGUCUUCACUAUCUUUAAGUGGAGCAUGCCGACUUUCCGAUGUGGGGCUACGGGCACUUGUUUCCGCUGCUCCUGCGAUUAGAUCUAUCAAUCUCAGCCAAUGCUCUCUUCUAACCUCAUCUAGCAUUGACAUGUUGUCUGAUUCAUUGGGGUCGGUUUUGAGGGAACUGUAUCUCAAUGAGUGCCAGAGCAUCGACCUGAAGCUUAUUCUGACAGCAUUAAAGAAGUUUGAGAAGCUCGAAGUACUGUCUCUUGUGGAUCUUCCUUCAGUCAGGGGUCGGUUGUUGAGGGAGUUUGUUACUGCUAGAGGACAAGCCCUGAAACAGCUAAUUCUGACCAACUCUGUGAAAUUAACUGACUCUUCUAUAAAAGACAUCUCUGAGAACUGUCCUAAUUUAAGCGUGCUUGACCUGGCUAAUGUAUGCAAGCUGACGGAUUGCGCUCUUGGUUACCUUGCAAAUGGUUGUCAUUCUCUCGAAAAAUUGAUUUUUUGUCGCAACUCUUUCAGCGAUGAAGCUGUAGCUGCGUUUGUAGAAACCUCAGGGGGUUCACUGGUGGAACUUUCAUUAAACAACGUCAAGAAGGUUGGCCACAACACGGCCUUAGCCCUUGCUAAAUUUUCAGAAAAGCUGCAGAUUCUGGAUGUUUCCUGGUGCAGAGAUAUGUCCGACGAUGCACUAGGCUACAUUGUCGAUAGCUGCUCAUCUCUGAAAGUGUUGAAAGUGUUUGGAUGCACUCAGAUUACGGACGCAUUCAUUCGAGGUCACUCGAACCCUAAUGUUAAGAUCUUAGGUUUGAAGAUGGAUCCCUUCUUGGACCGCCUUGCAGAUAACUGAAAAGGCCCUAAUCUCUCAUCUCCCUGCUUUGUUUGUUUUAGGAGGAGGAUAGCAGAGAAUGUUUUACUGUUUUUUGUCUGAACAUGCACCUUUUGCAAAACUCAUUUCAUUAUUUAGGUUCAAACAAGUUUCGGUUUUAACUUUUAGAAAGAAAAAAGAAGUAUUUUUUGAUCAGUCAUUUCGGUUUGUUUAGAAUAAAAAAUGUGCAACGUAAAAGUCCAAAGCC